CCCCGGUGCUAGUAGCCUCGCGGCGCCUCGCCGGCCCAAUCGGGAGGUGGCAUCUUGGGGCUGCUCUUGCUGCCAGCCCCAUCUCUAUGGUCGCAAGGGGUGGUAAGCUCCCAAGAUGGCGGCGGCAGUGUCGGCGGUGGGCGCCGUGUCGGUUUCCAGCCCCGAGCCCCCCGGGGCGCUGUCAGGGCCGGGGCCGGACGAAGCCCGCGCACCCGAGGAGGAGCUGCCCGCGCUGGACGCGGCCGAGGUGCGCAGCCGCCUGGAGCGCAGCGCGCGCCAGUUCCGCAACCGACGCAAGGAAGUUCACGACCUACUGAGCGACUAUGAACUGAAGUACUGCUUUGUGGACAAGUACAAGGGCACGGCGUUCAUCACCUUGCUGAAUGGAGAGCAGGCGGAGUCAGCCAUCCACAAGUUCCACCUGAGCAAGCUGCGAGACAAAGAGAUCUCGGUGCAGCUGCAGCCCACAGAUGCACUGCUUUGCAUUGCCAAUCUGCCCCGGCACUACACCCAACAGCAGUUCGAGGAGCUGGUGCGCCCCUUUGGCAACCUGGAGCGCUGUUUCCUGGUGUACAGUGCCCACAGUGGGCACUCCAAGGGCUACGGCUUUGUGGAGUACAUGAAGAAGGACUCGGCUGCCCGUGCCAAGUCUGACCUGCUAGGCAAGCAGCUGGGCACGCGGACACUGUAUGUGCACUGGACGGAUGUCAGCCAACUCACCCCUGACCUGCUGCACUCCAAGUGCUUGUGCGUAGACAAGCUGCCUCAUAACUAUGGGGACCUGGAGGAGCUGCACCAGGCUUUCUCAGCUGCCGGUGCCCCCACCUUCUGCCAACUGGCGUAUGGACAGGAUGGGCAGCUGAAAGGCUUUGCAGUCCUGGAGUAUGAGUCAGCAGAGAUGACAGAGACGGUCCAACAGGCCACAGAUGGGCUGCUGCUCGCUGGGAACCACAUCCGAGUGUCUUUCUGUGCCCCAGGUCCCCCUGGCCGCAGCAUGCUAGCUGCACUAAUUGCUGCCCAAGCAACGGCCCUUAACCGUGGGAAAGGCCUUCUGCCUGAGCCUAACCUCCUCCAGAUCCUCAACAGCCUGGGGAACCCAGCCUCGCUCCAGCUGCUGCUCAAUCCCCUGCUCCACGGUGCUGUCAGCGGAAAGCAGGGCAUCCUCGGCGCUGCCCCAUCACUGCCUCUCGUGACCAGCCCGGCUCUGUCCACAGCUCUGCUCCAGUUGGCACUGCAGAACCAGACACAAGCUCAGCAGAAGCCUGGGAUCCUGGGGGACUCUCCCCUCAGCUCGCUGCAGCACAGUGCUCUGGGGAUAGCAAGCACUGCAGCGCAGCCUGCCAGCCAGCUGCUGGGAGAGCUCCCCUCAGGUGGCCCCCUUCCAGCUGACAUGGCACAGGGGCAUGUAAAGUCGCCGAUCCUGCCCUCCGCUAACGUGCCCCUGGCAUCCUUCCUGGGGCCCAUGGGGGUGGAGCGGGAGACGCCUGUGCUGAGUGCCCAGCUGAGCCCAGCACCAGGCACACCUCCAGCCCUGCAGGGCCUUACCUCCUCCCUCCUGGGAUCCGUCAUCAGUGGGCUCCAGAAACCAAAGCAGAGUGAGAAUGGACCUCCUGCAUCCGGGGUCUCGCUGCUGGGGGAGCCACCUAAAGACUUCAAAAUUCCUCUGAACCCCUACUUGAACCUGCACAGCCUCCUGCCUGCUGGGAGCCUUGGAGGUGUGGCUGGCAAAGCCUUCAGCCUCAAAACUGGCACGCUAGGCAAUGUCUCCAACCUGCGGCUUCCACCGUCAUCCCUUUCUGCGCACACACAUCUCUCCCCCUUAGUCCCCCCCUCUUUCUGCUGCAGCCUGCAAGCAGGGCUCCUGGCUGCUACUUGUAUACAAACAUUAUCUCUCUCUGGGCAGGACUUGGGAUCCCGUCUGUACCCCCCGACAAGAGAGCCUGCAGGGCCCCUGCUGGGCGGCUUUGGGCAUGGCCGGCACAAGAUGCCAGCACCGGCACCAUCAUCCCCUGCAUUUGAGCGCAGCAGUCUGGGGUCACCCCUGCCACCCUUCUACUCAGGGUCACCCAGCUCCUACUUCACCAGUGGCCUACAAGCAGGGCUGAAGCAAAGCCACCUGAACAAAGCUGUCGGGAUGCCCCCAGUGGGCACUGGGGACAACAUCCUGGGUCUGGGACUAAACAGUCACUCUCAUGGUUCCCACAUGAAGACCCCAGUCGGCGGGCAGAAACGGGCCUUUUCCCACCUGCUGCCGUCUCCAGAGCCCAGCCCAGAGGGUGGCUACGUGGGGCAGCAUUCUCAGGGCCUAGGUGGCCACUAUGCAGAUUCCUACCUGAAGCGGAAGAGGAUAUUUUAGCCCCUUCACGACAAAGCUCGCUCAUGCUCUAACCCCCCCCACCCCUUCCCCUUCUUCCUCUCCAUUCCCUGACGUGUAAAUCUUGUAAAAAAACCUUUUUUUUAAUAUUAUCUGGAUUUUGAGUUUUUUAAGUGUGCGUGUGACAGAUUCGGCUGCCCUGUGCAUUUCCUGGCCAGGGGAUGGUGGAGCCCUUUCUGCAGUGGUUGCUGCUUUCCUUGCCCUGUGAUGCAGGCAGAGUGGAGGUGGAUGUCUGGACUGAACUGGACCUCCCUCAGCCAUGGAGAUGUAUCCCUGCGAGAGCAGAGCCAUCUCUGCCACCUUUGGCAUUACCAGGGAUCCGAAGUGAUGGCCUGAAGAAGCUGCUGGGUUUGGAGUGCUGUCACUGGGAGCCGUGUUUCCAUCCUGCCUGAGGUCCUGGGUCAGGACAGGAGGCCUCAGGAAGAUCCACGUGUUUCCAACCUUAAAAACUUUGCUUCAGAGAAAGGAACAUGACUGGACUCCCUGAGGUUCCUCGCUGCAACCGUGAUGCCUGCAGUGGCAUUGAUGCUUGUGGGUCCCAUGCUGGGGACAACUAAGAGGCAUGCGGGGUCCUGUUGAUGCUGCAGCACCAAGGUGGAACUGCUGGGUUCCCUGCCUUGCCCUGUGGGAUCCCUCAGAGUGUGCCCAAGAUGCAGUGCUCGGUGGGGCUUGUCAAGCCUGCGGCUCAGCCCAGCCUCUGACUCUUUGCACUCCCGUUUGUUCCCCUUUUUUUAAUAACUUCGCUGCCUUUUGCUCGCAGCGCCGCUGCCAAUGAGGGUUAUAAGUUGGCCCUGUAAUUUCCUGCUUGUUUUUAUUUCCUUUUCUUUUUUGACUCAUUAGGGCAGAGAUCCUGGCCUGCUGGGGAGCAGAGCUUCCUUAGUUUUUCUACUGGGCACAAGCCCUUGUUUUUGAGGUUCCUGUUGGGGGCAAGGGUCCCCCUUGUGCUCCCCCAGUGCCGGCUGGUACUUGGAAUCCACUACUGUGUGCCAGCCAUCCUGGAUGUGGCUCCCUGCCAACUGGCUCUUAGGGCGUGUCCACACCUCCCAGCCCCAUGCUGAAGCCCAAGUGGGGCAGACCAAGGCCCAUGGAGCUGGGCAUUCAAGCUGCCAGCGUCCUCUCUGCAGCUGCGUUUUCCCUGAAGCUGCAGUGGCAGACCAGGAGGAGCUUCAGGUGUUGCAAUCUUAACUGCAUGUUAUAGAGAAGGAAGCGGCUGGCUCCGAGCACUGGGUGGAGCGUGCGGAUUUCCAAAGCAGGGCUGUACCCAGUGGCCAAGGACCAAGUGCAGCGCUGGGGGUGGAUCUGUCUGUCCCCCUGUGGGUGGGCGUGUGGUGCUGGGCCUACGGAGCCUCCCUUCCUCAGCACUUUUUAGGGGUUUCUAAAGUUGCUAUGUUUCUACUGUAGAUAUGGUCUGGGUUGCUGUACUUGUCUGGGGAUUCAGAAUCCCCCGAGCUGGAUCUUGCCUUCCUAAAGUAAAGCUAUAUUUAUAUCAAGCCUUGUUCCUUUUGUACACGUGCUGUAGCCAUGUCAUUGUUUUCCUUACCCGGAGGGCAACCACUUUCAACUUCAAGCUGGGCCAGGUCCAGAAGCUGGCUGGACUGGUUUCAGUCAUGGUUCAGGUGUUUGGUUGACAGGUGCUUGUCCAUGUGUCCCCCUAGCCAUGAGCUGGACCCC